CUUCAAUCGAUUUUUUGCUAGCAAUAGUUUCGAUCUUCGACAACAAAGAAUGUCUUAGCAGGGAAAGAGAGCGGGAGAGAAACGCCGUUCUAGCAACGAAUUUCGGGCUCGAUAUUCUCAUCAGUCGUCGACGGGAAGUGCAAUCGUGUCCGCAGUUUUGUUAUAUCGGCUCCACGUAAAUGUCCGCAGUGAUUAUUACUCGCAUAAAUAUUUCAUCCAAAAUCCGUCAAUUUUGGAAGCUCACGAGAAAUGGACAUCGUCACCGCCUGUUAUUGUUGAAUAACAACGUUGGUAGGCGAUGCAUUCUUCAAAGUCCGCUCAUCCUCCGCUCGUGGUCACUCCGAUCACGUAUGUUUUACGAUGUCUCGUGGUCGUAACUAUGAUCGCAGCUGCGGCGACAUUUUUACAUAUUAACAAUUACAGGCCUAAACAAACAUUUCUCUCCUGCGAUCGGCCAUGUCAUCACUUGGAUUGGCCUAUGAUCUGCCGGGUGAAACUCACACUAGAAGUCUUCCAAUCGCUCAGCAAAUCAUGCGGGGAUUGUCCGUUGAAUCAGACCGCUUGCUUAGCCAAGCAUUGUGUUUCCACGGAUGGACAGAGACGAGGCAUCCUUACCGCCAAUCGUCAAAUGCCAGGACCCAGUAUUCAGGUUUGUGAAAAUGACAUCCUAGUAAUAGACGUCAUUAAUCGUCUUCCGGGUAAGGCAAUGGCGAUACAUUGGCGUGGACAGACGCAAGUGGAAAUGCCUUACAUGGAUGGCGCACCGCUGAUCACGCAGUGCCCAAUACCAAGUUACACCACUUUCCAAUACAAAUUUCGUGCCUCCAUGCCAGGCACACAUCUCUGGCAUGCACAUGCAGGCGCUGAUAUCACCAACGGCAUUUUCGGAGCAUUGAUCGUGAAGCAGGCGGACCUUCGAGAGCCGCAUCGCGCCCUUUAUGACAUCGACGACCCUAAUCAUGUGGUUCUGGUGACCCACUGGCAACACUCGCCGGAAGUAUCGUUUAAUCAGGGUCACGUGAAACCGGCGAUUCUUCUGAUCAAUGGGAGAGGUCGUCAGCCCACCGGACCCACAGUUCCCCUAAACACGUUCACGGUUAUUCCGGGGCGACGUCAUAGAUUCCGUGUCGCUAAUGCCGGAGGCGCCGGUGCCUGUCCAGUGACGCUCUUCAUCGACAGUCACACGCUUCUCUUGAUUGCACUUGAUGGGCAUCCUAUCGAGCCACGGCAGGUUACUUCGAUUACCCUGGCAAAAGGUGAAAGGGCAGAUUUUGUUCUCAAAGCGAGCAAACACGUCGCUUCCUAUUGGAUGAACGUGCAUACGACGAAAGAAUGCGGAACGAGCACGAUAAAUGGCGCGGCCAUCCUCAACUAUAAAGGCAGUUCGGAAAUUCCGGCGGCGGAAACUAUCGAUCAGCAGGAUAUCGACAAGAUAGGGAUGAACCAGUUGGCUGCGAUGACGAAUCCUAUCGAGAAGUGCGGCGGACAAGAGAGCCUGUGCGUCAUGGAUAUGCAGAAUAUCCGUAAAAUGCCACGAGCCCUGGCCAUGCCCAAAAUGGACGUGACACUGUAUCUGCCGAUUAAUUACAAGAUGCAAGCGACGGAACUGAUAGGUAAUAGAGGGACGGAAACGCGAGUGUUAAACGUGAACAACGUCACUUUCACGUAUCCGUCGUCGCCGCUGUUGACCCAGGGUGGCGAUGUGUCGCCGGAUAUGAUGUGCUCCAACCACGACGACGACGACGCCGAUGACGCUCACGAGAAUAAUGACACGGUGUCGCGACGACGGUGCCGUCCGGUCGCUGACGGCGGCGUCGCGGGUGACAUGUGCGAGUGCGUCCACGUGCGUCACGUACCGCUCGGGGCGACCGUCGAGAUUAUUCUCCUGGAUCAGGGCGGUCUGGACGAUCUGGUUUACCACUUACACGGCUACAGUUUUUACAUAGUGGGCGCGAGACAGUUCGGUCGAAGUGUAUCACUGCAGGAGGUGAAGAAACUCGAUAAAAGGAAGCAAUUAUUUGAGCGAAAUCUCGACUGUCCACCGAUUAAGGACACCGUAAUCGUGCCCAAGUUCGGUGUCGUGGCAUUGCGAUUUAAAGCCGACAAUCCAGGUUAUUGGAUGUUGCGUGAUGAACAUGCGGCUGAUUGGACUCGCGGUUUGGAUGUUGUUUUGCAAGUCGGAGAACCUAGCGACAUGAUACCUCCUCCACAGGACUUUCCCAAGUGCGGAUCCUUCAUCGGACCCGACUAUUUCCUUAUAUAGACUGUUGUAAUCGCUUAAGUUGAAUAUGUAUAUAAUUGUAUAUAACGGUAGGCCUAAAUAUGUGGCCUAAAAUUAACGGUU